AGUUGAGCUGAAGAGCCCGAGCCCAGCUCUGUCUGCCUCAACUUUGGUCUCUACACUUCAUCGCUGAGAGACAAGAAGGCUGGAUUAUGGCUCCUGCUGCGGCACAUACGGCUGACGGUAUUUCAUCGCCAAUUGAUUUGGCAUCGUUUCCUCCGUUCUGGCGGCGCAAGAAUGGCAUCCUGCUGUAUUUUCUACUCACCUCCUCGCUGCUCGCCAGCGCCGCGCUCGGUAUUGAUGGAUCAAUGACCAACGGAAUGCAAGUUCUCCCGACAUGGCAAGAUCAAUUCGGACAUCCCGAAGGCUCAACCCUGGGCCUUUUCGGCGCAUCGAGUGCCAUAGGCGGCGUUAUUCCAUUCAUAUUCCUCGGCUGGAUCAGUGAUAGAUGCGGACGCCGUGUCCCAACUGCCCUUGGCUCAAUUGUCAUUAUCGCUGGUGUCUUGGUCGAAUUCUUCGCUACCUCGCUUGACAUGUAUAUCGGUGGCAAGAUUGUGCUUGGAGCUGGGUCCUCGCUGAUCCAGAUGGGCGCCCCGGUUCUAGUGACGGAAUUGAGCCAUCCAAAAGAACGAGUCCAGAUCACUACCUUCUACAAUACGUCCAUUGUGCUGGGAUACGUCAUUGGUGCAUGGGCGACUUAUGGUUCCUUCCGCAUUGCCGGAUCAUGGUCAUGGAAGCUACCGACCCUGAUACAAAUUAUUCCCUCGACGUACCAACUGUGCCUCAUCUUCUUUUGUCCGGAGUCUCCUCGAUGGCUGAUUGCCAAGGGUCGGAUGAGAGAAGCGCGCGAAAUUCUGGUCAAAUACCACGGCGAAUGCGAUCCAAACGCCAAGGUCGUCAAUGUUGAAUGUGCAGAGAUUGAACAGGUCCUUGCCAAGGAAGCACAACAAAACAUGACAUGGGUUGACUUUUUUUCAUCAAUUCCCAAUUUGAAGAGGAUUGCGCUUUGCUUUGCAACCGCCGUCUUUAGCCAGAGCUCGGGCAACCUGCUCGUGUCAAAUUAUCUGACACAGAUCCUAAAGGAUACCGGAGUUACAUCUCAAAGUGACAUCACGCUUGUCAACGGCAUGGUGACGCUCUGGCAGUACAUUGUGGCGCUCGCUGUCACAGUUUGCAUCAACAAGUUCAGACGACGCACCUUUUUCCUUAUCGGUUCUGGAGGUGUUUCGCUUACUUUUAUUGCCUGGACGAUUGGGGCCGAGCAAUAUCUCGAGCAUGGUUCUCUUGCUGCUGGCCGGCUAGUCCUUGCAUGCAUAUUCAUCUUCCAGGCGUUUUACACAAUGGCCUGGACUAACCUGGUGGUGACAUAUCCUCUGGAGGUUGUGACUUAUCAGAUGCGAGCUAAGACGUGGGCCUUUGUCUUGCUAACAAUACAAGUGGCCACCAUUUUUGGGAACUACGUGAACCCAAUCGCAUUACAAAACAUUGGCUGGAAAUUUUACAUUUAUUAUUGCAUCUGGGUGGCGUUCAUUUUUGUUAUUGUAUACUUCUUUUUUGUCGAGACCUCGGGGCCGACUCUGGAAGAACUGGCGUAUCUUUUCGACGGGGAAGAGAAGAAGAAGCAGCUUAUUAUUGGCGGACCUGGACACUGGAACAAAACAAAAAUCAUGAUAGACUGGGCAUUGGCGUUGGAAUUGAGCAACAUGGGGAAUUCAUUUUUACGAUAG